AUGUCCCUUCCUUAUCUACCAGUUGAACAGAUUGAACCGGCAUUCAACAGGCUGAUGGAGGUAGCUGAAGGAGUCGGGGGUCCCGUACUGCGGGUAUGCGAGUACAUUUCCCGUACAUGGAUCCACGGCAGUGUAUGGCGACCCCUCAAUUGGUGCGUGUUUAGAGAGGAGGUGCGAACGAACAACGACUUGGAAGGAUGGCAUAGACGCAUCAACGCACGAGCGUGUUCAGCCAACCUCGGGCUUUACAAGUUGGCCAACCUUCUCAGAGAGGAAUCUGAGACUGUUGAUCUUCAUAUACGGCUGGUGAGCCAGCACCUUCUCACGAAGAUCAGGCGGAAGAAGUAUGUUACGAUACACGGCAGACUGCAUCAAGCAUGGGAUGACUACGAAGAAGAGAAGCUGACAACAACUGAACUUCUGAGGAUCAUCAGCCACAUCAAUGCCCAUCAACCAUCCACAGCGGUCCACCACAUGCUCGACGACGACGAGGCUUGA